CCUUGGAAUUGGGGGGUGGCGGGGUGGGGAGGAAGCGCUGCCUUGAAAAGGGAUCCGCUGGCCCACGUUCCCCCCCAGUGGCUUUUCCCGGGUUCUCCUCCUCCUACCGUGUGAGUGCUGCAACCUGAACCUGGCACAAUGGAUCCCGUGCAAGAGGGACGUGUUGUGAUUGUUGGCAGUGGACUCAUUGGAUGUAGCUGGGCCAUGUUAUUUGCUUCUGGUGGAUUUCAAGUAAAGCUUUAUGAUAUUGUACAAGAACAGGUAACAAAAGCCCUGGAAAAAAUUGGCAAAGAAUUGAAAGAACUAGGAAAGACAGGAAUGCUGAAAGGUACUCUGACAGCUGACAAGCAGCUGUCUCUCAUUAGCGGCUGCACAGAUUUAAAAGCGGCAGUAGAGGGUGCCAUUUACCUUCAGGAGUGUACGCCUGAGAACCUAGAACUGAAAAAGAAGAUUUUUGGCCAGUUAGACCUUAUUGUCAGUAAUGAUGUAAUACUAGGCAGCUCAACCUCUUGUCUUAUGCCUUCAAAGUUGUUCACUGGGCUAAAGCACGUUAAGCAGUGUAUCGUGGCACAUCCUGUAAACCCACCAUAUUAUGUUCCUCUGGUUGAAUUGGUUCCCCACCCAGAAACUGAACCUUCUACAGUCGAGAAAACCUAUGCUCUGAUGAAGAAGAUUGGGCAAUCUCCGGUUCGGUUGACAAAAGAGAUAGAUGGUUUUGCUCUGAACCGACUCCAGUAUGCAAUCAUUAGUGAAGCAUGGAGACUUGUUGGUGAUGGAGUAAUAUCUUCUGAUGAUUUGGACCUUGUAAUGUCUGAUGGCUUGGGAAUGCGGUACGCUUUUAUUGGACCCCUGGAAACCAUGCAUCUGAAUGCAGAAGGAAUGCUGAACUAUUGUGACAGAUACCGUGAAGGUAUGAUACGUGUCUUGAAAACCUUUGGGCCAAUACCGGAUUUUGCAGGGAAAACAGAACAGAAAAUCAAUCAGGCAAUGUGUGAAAAGACCCCAGCUGACCCUGAACACCUAAAUGCCAGAAGACACUGGCGAGAUGAAUGUCUUGCACGCCUGGCUAAACUGAAAAAGGAAAUUAAAUCUGACGAUAUGCAUAAUCUUUAAACCAAAGGGGGCAGUCAUCAUUGGAUUGGUAUUUGAAUGGGCACAUGCAUCUCUUCCACAAGCAGAUGUUAAAAGCAUGGAAGACUCAGUUGCAAAUGCCAGAGUUGGUCAAUCCAUAUAACUGUAGUCAAGUUAAUUAAAGCUGGAAUAUUUUUUAUCUAAAGCUACAAUCCUAAACCCUUGGGGCAGAUGCAUGGAUUUCAGUGGGACUGCAUAUUUGAUUGUAAAUUGCACCUUCAAUGCAAGACUUCCUUCAUUUUAAGUAACAUCCUGUAUUACAGAAAUUACUAAUUAUUAUGUAAUUUUCGUAAUUUUACUCUGGGAUGGCUUCUUAUCAGCACUCCCUUAAAUAUAAAUAGUACAGAAUGAUGCUUGUUAUAAUCAUACUUUGUGGUUAAUUUAGCCCAAGAUGUGUUUGAGCUUGCAUUUUGGGGAAUAUAAGAUUAGGCUGGGACAAAAAUAAUGACUGGUUGUUCCUUUGGGCUGCAUUCUGCUCUGUUGAGUACUAGCCAUCACACCCUGAUUUAUGCUCAAUUGAGAUUAUAAGCAAAUUCAUUUGGAGACAAGUCUGUUUCAUUAAUGUUAAAGGGCUUUUAACAUUAUGAACUUUGCAUCAUAGACUUUGGUAUGGUGUCUGUGAUGGCAAUAAAUCUACACAGGAACAUAUAA